AUGACCUUUGAAUUAGAUGAAAAUCAUUUAGGUGGUACACUCUUUGAAGAUAUUCUAAACAACGAAAAUUUCUGUAAAGAGAAAUCCUCUGAUAUCGAUAUGGAGAAUAUCCAACAAACUGUAGAUGGGGAGAUGUCCAAUAGUGGUGUGAUUGAUAGCCAAGUCCCUGACAAAACCGAAAAUCAUUCAGACUAUCCUACUUUUGUUGAAGUGGAGCUAGACUUUUCAAAAGUACCUGUAGCUGAAUAUAAUAAUAACAAUAAUAAUAAUAAUAUCAAAACCAAAAUACCUAAAAAAAAUAACCACAUUAAAAAUAACAAGAAUAAGAAGGAUAAUAUCAACAUAAACAAAAACAAAAACAAAAACAAAAAUAAUAACAAGAAUAAGAAUAACAAUAAUAUCCAAAACGAUAUAAAUAAUAAUAAUAAUAUUCGUAAAGUAGGGUUUGAAGAUUUUUUUAGAAAUCAAGGUGAAGUUGCCAAAGAAAAAGGAGUCGACUCUACUACUCUCAGUAAAUCGUUUAAGAGACACUUUGGCGAUGGUCUCCGGGCAUUCAUUUACGGUCCCCAAGGUUUGGAAAAUCCAGAUAUAGCCAAGAGAUUCUCAAUGCUGCUAAGGAAGAGAGUAACUUGGCUUCACCGUUUCAGCAAUAGUAAUGAAAAAAGGGUAUUAAAAGAAUACCAAGUUUCCAAAAAAGUCAUAAAGAAAAACUUAAAAUAUGUUUUUAAAAGUAAACCACUAAUAGUAAUGGUAUACUAA